AUGCGACGCAGUUUGGUAAAUUUAUUUUUGCUUACAAUUAGCAUUACUGAUUUGCUAUUGCUUAUUUUUAAUUUCUUCUUUCUUCUAUUUCCAGUAAUUGCAUUAUUUUCUAAUUCUUUUACACUGCAAGAUAUUUAUCCUGUAAUACUCAGGUUUAGUUAUCCAUUAGCAAGGAUAGCACAAACAUGCGGUGUUUAUUUAACCUUAUUUGUAUCAGUACAUCGUUAUCUCGGUGUUUGUCAUCCAUUUCAAGCAAAACGAUGGAUUACAGGGAAACCUGUAAAAUGUGCUAUUUUUGGUUCUGUUGUAUUUUCAUUUGUUAUCAAUGCGACAACAUGGCUUGAACUUACUGUUGUUCCAUGUUACAGUAAACAAUUUCAUCGAUUGUCAAGACAUAUUCAAUUAACUGAAUUACAAAUGGAUUAUACAUAUGGAAUUAUUAUGAAAGUAAUUACCUAUACAUUAGUUAUGUUUAUUUUUCCAUUUGUAAUUCUAAUUAUUGUCAACACAUGCAUUAUUGUUGCUCUUAAACAUAGCACAAAUAUGAGAGCAUUGCAUACAGGUGGUAAAUCAUCCUUAUCAAAAACAAAUAACAGUCAGAAAUAUGCUCAAAAUGAAAUGGCAGUGAUAUUAAAUUCAUCAUCUGCAACUACUGGUUCACAGUUUUCUUCAGCUAAUUCUACCAGUUUUCGACCGAUGGCUAUGAGAUCAAUUAAACCAGCAUCGAAUUUCCAUUCGUCAACUCGUGACAGUUCGGUGACAUUAAUGCUUUUAGCUAUUGUUGCUAUGUUUCUCACUUGUAAUGGCCUAGCAUUUUGCAACAAUAUCAUCGAAAUAUUAAUGUUUGUGGAUAAAAUUGAUAACAGUGAGAACGAGAGCGCAUUCGAGAAAAGUGUCGAGAUUGCCAAUAUUUUAGUGUCAUUAAAUUCAUCAACAUCAAUCUUCAUUUAUCUCAUCUUUAGCUCUAAAUAUCGUAUCAUUGUGAAAGAGUAUCUUGGUUUAAAAAAUACUGAUAAAGCUUAUAGUGGAACAUUAACAGCAGCAGCUAUAACAAUACGUCAUACAUUCGAAUACCCAUUUUUACGUGGUGAUAACAUAUCACCACGUAAAUAUUUAUCAAAUUCAGCAAAAUCUCGUAUAUCAUCUGCAUUACGCUUUCCCAUAUCAUCACAACGCAGUUGA